AUGGCCCCUCCUCAACCAUACUACUUCCCCACCGAAGCCGGCCGUCCCUCCGGCGGCGGCUACGCCGAAACAAUCAUCUCCGAGGCCCCUUCCCACGUCUCCCACUCCUCCCGCGCUUCUCACACCUCGCACGCCUCUCGCUCUCAGUCCCAGUACGACCACCCGGCCUCGCAAGCCGGCAGCUACGCCCACUCCAACGCCCCAUCCCGCUCCCACGCUCCAAGCUACGCACCCAGCCACGCAGGCACGAUGCGCACGCACGCAUCAGACAUGCACCGCAGCGCCGUGAGCAACGCACACACCCAAGCGCGUUCCCAUUCCCACUACUCAUCCGAAAUGCAGCCGUACAACCGCCAAUACAUGGGUGGCAACGGCGGCGGCAACGGCGAACCCAACCGCGGCUCGCUGUAUAGGCAAGACAUGGCUGACCGGCUUCAUCGCGCGUUGCGCGAUGAAGCAGAUCGCCUGGCGUGUGCGGCGCGCGUGCGCGAGGACGAGGCCUUCCGCGGUAUGUACGGUGGUGCCGGUGGGAGCUCCAGUGCGCGCCGGAUUACGGACGGUGCUGGGGGGUAUGGGCAUGGGUAUGAUGAUGGGCGCUCGGUUGCGUCGGGGUAUACUCAGGGUACUUCGAGGCAUGGUGGGUCCCAGUAUGCUGGCUUGCAGUAUGGUGGGUAUGAUGAUGAUGAUCGCACGAUUGUGCCGGAUGAUUCACAUUCGGUUGCGGGGAGUUACCAUGGUCGUCGCUGA